AUGACAGCGCUUUGGGGAAAGAAGACGAAUUUUUGUCCGCUUUCCCGCAGCCGCAGCGUCGAUGAGAAGCAGUCGAGGAUCUCCAUUCUAAGUGAAUGGAUUGGUAUGGGGAGAAGCGGACCUCCGACCGGGGCUAAGCGGCAGCUUUGGGACUGUGUGACGCUCAUCAUGUUCUUUCUCUCGCUGCUCUUCCGACCAGCUCACUGCCAGCAGUGUCGAAUCCAGCGUUGUAAUGCAGAGUAUGUGGCUUCGACAUCACCCUCUAGUGGUCUGCAGGAGGACGUAGCUCUGGAUGUAGACUACUGCAUCGCGUUGCGUGCCUAUGCUCUGUGCACCCGCCGACAGGCACGGAGCUGCAGGGGCGACCUCGUCUACCACUCCGCUGUCUUCCGCAUUAAGGAGUUAUUCUCUCAGCAUAACUGCUCCAGUGAUGGACCCACCUCCUCAGCCAAGCUCCCUAGUACGUCCCGGCCAGCUGUAUUAGAGCUGUGCAACUAUGAGAAUCGGGCCCUCAUGUCAGAUUCAGCUGGUCAGCAGAAGUAUGCCCAUUGUGGAUUAUUUGGAGAUCCCCACCUACGGACUUUCAGAGAUGAAUUUCAGACCUGCAAGGUGGAAGGGGCGUGGCCUCUGAUUGAUAACCGCUUCCUGUCAGUACAGGUGACCAAUGUGCCUGUUGUCCUAGGAUCCAGCGCUACUGCAACAAACAAGAUCACAGUGAUCUUCAAGUCGUACCACGGCUGCACAGAGCAGAAAGUGUACCAGGCCACCACUGACGAUCUGCCCGUGGCCUUCCAGGAUGGCACACGCAGCGGCGGUGAGAGCGGCAGCUUAAUGAUUGUGGAGCGCGGUGGUUCUGGAGCAGGCCGCCACGUGAAGAUCCAGGCCCGCUACAUCGGCACUUCCAUUAUAGUCCGGCGCGUGGGCAGCUACCUGACCUUUGCCAUCCGCGUGCCAGAGGACACCCUGGACUUUUCAGAAGACAGUGGCGGUCUGCAGCUCUGCCUGCACGGUUGCCCGCGCAAUGAGCUCAUCAAAGAGCACACGCUGGGCCGUCAGGGCACGCAACCCCGCCCUUCAGGUACCGGUCAGAGCACCAAUGCAGAGCUGGGCCCUCUGCGACCGCCUCACCAGACCUACACGGUGGAACGGGCUACAGCCAAGUGUAGGGAGACUCUGCAGGUGGAGGACGUGUACUUUCAGUCGUGCGUGUUUGACUUACUGACCACAGGGGACCCUGAGUUCUCUCUGGCAGCUUACGGCGCUCUGGAGGAUUUAAAGGCGCUGCCUCCCAGUAAACUGAAGCAGAACUCCCCGAGGACACCUCGUGUUUACAACCAAGCCGCAGCAGUCAGCAGCACCCACUCACUCCUCUCACUCCUACUCCUUAUUCUGCUGCUUUUGUAAAAAAAA